AUGCUUCCAAGGAUCGAAGUAAUUGCGGAAACGUUUAUAGUUAGCAUGACUGAUUACACAUAUAAUCACACAAAUUCCAUCAAUAAUACUGGCCUUUAUGGACGAAGAGUGAAUAAUUAUAACAAGCUUGCAAACAAAAUAAUAGCAAAUUCGCUUGAUAAUACAAGUUCCUCACAACCAUACACCUACGAACAUAUUUUUUCGGUUUCAAAAUAUGUUUUUCGGAUUAUCACCACCUACGAAGCACGUGAUACACAUGCUUUUUCGGUUUCUUGGUCAACCGGCCCCAUUCAUCCACCUACCAAAACACAAGAAGUGUUUCUCG